AUGACGAUCUUACUAGUAUAUGUCGAUGACAUGAUUGUCAUAAGAGAUGAUAUGCAAGAAAUCCCUUCUCUUAAAAAACAACUGACGAUUGUUAUCAAAGUGUUGGGACAACUAAAAUACUUCUUGGGAAUUGAGGUAGCCUACUCUCGUGGAAAUUUAUUCCUAUCUCAAAGAAAAUAUAUUACAGAUUUAGUCAAAUAUACAUGCAUGAGUAACUAUAAACCAGCAUGUACACUAAUUGAAGCAAAGCAUUGUAUUGGGGCUUCAAAGGAAAGUGAUCAAGUAGAUAAGGGCUCUUAUCAACAGCUAGUUGGAAAAUUAAUUUAUCUAUCCCAUACUAGACCGGAUAUUGCUUACUUAGUUGGAGUGCUAAGCCAAUAUAUGCAUGACCUUAGGGAGGUACAUCAUCAAGCUGCUCAACAAGUCCUAGCCUAUCUUAAAGGAACAAUUGGCAUGGGAAUCCUUUUUUAAAGGGGAGAUUCUCUUACAGUAGGCAUCUAUACCGAUGUUGAUUAUGUUGGUUCAGUUGAUGAUAGGCACUCUACUACUGGCUAUUGUUAUCUCAUUGGAGGAAAUUUGAUCACUUGGCAAAGCCAAAAACAAAGAGUUGUGGCUCAAUCAAGUGUUGAAGCAGAAUUUCGGGCUAUGGCCCUUAGGAUUUGUGAUGGCAUUUGGAUAAAAAAUAUACUAAAUGACUUACAAAUACCCAUGGAAGGUUCGAUUACCUUGUUCUGUGACGAUCAGUCCACAAUAAGUAUUGCACAUGAUCUUGUUCAGCAUAACAAGAGCAGACACAUUGAAGUAGGUAGACAUUUUAUUAAAGAGAAACUCGAAUCAGGAAUGUUUUGCACAGAAUAUGUCUCAUCUACAAAUCAGUUGGCUGAUAUAUUAACUAAGGGCAUUUCUGUAAUAGAGUUCUGCAAACAAAGGAGCAAGUUGGGCAUGAAUGAUAUCCAUGCACCAGCUUGA